CCAUCCUAGUAAUUCACAAUCCCAAGUCCCAACCCGCUACUCAUACAAAUUAAAGGAGAUGGAUUUUGAGGAGGGCCAAAAACGCCGCAAAGUCAUCAAAAUAGAUUCCAAACAAAGCUGGGAUAUCUUUCUGUAUCAUGCCAAAAAUCAAUCCCGUCCAAUUGUGAUACAUUUUACAGCUUCUUGGUGCAUACCUUCAGUAGCCAUGACUCCUGUUUUAGCAGAACUGGCCUUGAGCUACCAAAACAUCCUCUUUCUCUCUGUGGAUGUAGAUGAGGUCAAGGAGGUAGCGGCUGAGAUGGAAAUCAAGGCCAUGCCGACCUUCGUGUUUAUGAGGGAUGGAAUUCAGGUGGAUAAGCUUGUGGGAGCUAAUCCAGACAAAAUCAAAAACAGAAUCGCUGCAUUCACCAUCAACUCUUGAUCUACUACUUAAUUACUUCAUAAUUUUAAUAUAUUUUGUACCUAAGCUAUUUUAGUUAUGUAUGGUUUUAUGUUGGAUGAUCUACUGCAACGA